AAUUAAAGUUUAAUAAAUAGAACUUAAAAUUUUUAAAAUAAACUUGUAAAAUUUUCAUAAAAUAAAAUAAUAUUUAAAUCAUUAGAUAGCUAACAUGUUAACUGACUUGAGCAUACAAAUGAUUACGUGGAAUGUAGCAAUGGAGCAAUGUCAAUCUGAUUUAAUUCAAUUGCUUGGUAUUGAAACUACCGGUGCUAAUGGCCACCAAUUAGCCGACAUAUACGCCAUAGGCCUCCAGGAGGUGCCCUUUGAGACAAUUAACACUGAGAUACCCACAGAGCAUACAUGGGCUAAAGGUUUUAGUAAGGUGCUUGAUCAAGUGGGGUAUAGCCAUUUAGAAAGGGCCCAAAUGAACGGCAUUAUACUACUAGUCUACGCGAAAAGCAACAAGCUAUCGCAUUUCACAUCUGUCCAGACUGAUGUCACAAAUAUUGGGCGCCCGGAGGGAAGUAAAGGGGCGGUUAGUGUCCGUUUGACAGUGAAUGGUGUGUCGGUGUGUAUAGUGAACAGCCAUUUCCACCCUCACGACGAAUAUCUGGAACAACGUAUAGCUAAUUAUAACGAUAUCGUCGAUAGACAAAACAUUUUAAGCCACGAUUACGUGCUAUGGAUGGGUGACCUAAACUUCCGCAUCGACGAUAUGACUGCCGAUGAGGUCCACGACUUUGUGUUAAACCGACGGCAAUCGGGCGAUAGUUUUGCCGAUCUAUUAGAAAAAGACCAGUUAACACGUGUUAGACGGGAGGGCCGUGUGUUUAGGGAGUUUAGUGAGGCUGUACCUACAUUCGCACCCACCUAUAAAUUUGUUCCUAACUCUAAUGAAUAUGAUUAUAAAGGUCGCGAGAGGUCACGUAAACCUGCCUUUACUGACCGCGUGUUAUAUCGGUUAAAGCCUGACACUAACGCCACUCAACAGUUGGAUUUGAAGCAAGUAUCGUAUAAGUCUCACACGCAGUACAUACAGUCUGACCAUAAACCCGUGUCCGCACUAUUUAGCCUCAAAUUAUAAUUAUUUAAAUUUUAAUUAUAUAAUAAAUAGAUAAAAUUAUUUUAAUUAAAAUAUCUAACUAAGGAAAUAACAUAGCA